UAAUAAGCCCAACCCAUGCGGCUUAGUGUGCUAUUUUAUCUCCACUAUGUAGUAGACUCGUGCUCGGUUUGGGACACAGCCCAUGUUGUCGCGAGCUUUUCUCCAGCUCUCGGAGUCACGGCUUUAAAAGCUUUAAACACGGACUCGGAUACACACAGAGGCGAGAGAGCGACGAGUCUGACUGAAAUGUUGAGAAGCGCAUCUUUGUUCGUUUUGCUUGCUCUGGCUGGCUGUCAAGCCGAGCAGCUGAAAAGUAAGAGUAAAGUGUGCGCAAAUGUGUUUUGUGGAGCAGGACGAGAAUGUGCAGUGACCGAGAAAGGAGAACCCACCUGCCUGUGUAUGGAGCACUGUAAGCCCCAUAAGCGUUCAGUAUGUGGCAGUAAUGGCAAGACGUACCGCAACCACUGUGAGCUUCACCGUGACGCCUGUCUGACCGGACUCAAGAUACAAGUGGCUUAUGAUGGACACUGUGAAGCGAAAACGAUGGACAAGGUCGCUACCAGCCCAAUUGUGUGUUACCUUGCUGAUCGUAAUGAGCUGAGGAGCCGAGUGAUGGAGUGGCUGCAGGCCGAGGUGGUGCCGGGUGGCUGGUUCAGCAAAGGCUCCAACUUCAGCGAUGUCCUUCUCAAAUACUUCCAGAACUAUGAUAAUGGGGACGCUCAGCUGGACUCCACCGAGUUCCUCAAGUUUAUUCAGCACAACGAGACGGCAAUCAACAUCACCUCAUACGCAGACGAGGAGAAUAACAGACUGCUGAGGAGUCUCUGUGUGGAUGCCCUGAUUGAACUCUCGGAUGAGAAUGCUGACUGGAAAUUGAGUUUUGAUGAGUUUCUCAACUGCCUCAAGCCUGGCUUCAAUCCUCCUGAGAAAAAAUGUGCACUGGAGGACGAGACAUAUGAGGACGGAGCCGAGACACAGGUGGAGUGUAACCGUUGUGUCUGUGCCUGUGGGAACUGGGUCUGUACUGCUGUGACCUGCGACGGUUCAGAGAAGCCGUCUGCUUUGGAGGACAUGGAUGGAGGUGAUAAAGAGAUGACAGAGGAAGAGUGGAUCCGCAGAGUCGCUGAGCUCAACAAACAUCAGGAAACUGUAGAGAAGAUGAAAGUGAGCACCAAGGAGGUCUAAGUGAAGACCAUGGGCAGAUGAGGAAGAGGAGGAUACAAAUGGACAUGAAUAAUCUGCUACGAUUGUUCAGUCCACUGUAUUGAUUUUUAUUUGUUGGUCCACCAAAAAAGUGUGGUUUUACUUUUAUAUCCUUUCAUAUUGUUGUGUUAAUUAUUCUGAAUUGUUAGUACCUAAUUUUAAUCUUUUAAGGAGAUCUCAUAGAGACCUUUACUAUGUGAUUUGUUUUUUUUUUUUUUUAGAAAAUAUAUUUUAUA